GAGUAUAAAAGCCCCUGAGCGGACGAGGGGGGAGCACAUCUGCGGGAAGCGGUUAACAAGCGAAAUGCUGCGUUGCGCGGUGGCUCUGUGUCUUCUGGCCCUGUCCUGGGCUCAGGACUGCCAAGUGUCAAACUUCCAGGUCAUGCAGAACUUUGACAAAACCAGGUACACAGGGAAAUGGUACGCUGUCGGAAAGAAGGACCCGGAAGGUUUGUUCCUCAUCGAUAACAUCGAAGCGCAGUUCAACGUGGACAGCGAUGGCGCCAUGAGCGCCACAGCGUCGGGGAGAGUUGUCAUUCUCAACAACUGGGAAUUGUGUGCCGACAUGAUGGCCACGUUUGAGCCGACUCCCGAUCCAGCCAAGUUCAAGAUGAGGUACUGGGGAGCGGCGUCCUACCUGCAAAGUGGAAAUGAUGACCACUGGGUCAUCGACACCGACUAUGACAACUACGCCGUCCACUACUCCUGCCGCCAGAUAGACACCGACGGCACCUGCCUCGACAGCUACUCCUUCAUCUUCUCCCGACAUCCGACGGGCUUGAGGCCGGAGGAUCAGCCCAUUGUCAUCCAGAAGAAGGCUGCUGUGUGCCUGCUGGGCAAAUAUCGGCGCGUGUCGCAUAAUGGCUUCUGUGAUAAUAUUAAUAACCACUAAGGGACGACUUCUUGAAGAACCCACCAGCAGGAUUGUGCGCCUAAGCUUCCUUUGUCAUCUCAGAAAAAAAAAAUAUAUAUAUAUAAGUUAUCACAUGAAAACAUUUAUUCUAUACCUGUGGUCUGAUCUAUUGAGCAAACACUUGUGUAUACAAAAGCAAGUGGAAAAAUAAUAACUGUAAUAACUCACUGUUGAGAAACAUUUCCUGAUAUGUUUUUUUUUGGAACGUAAAAGUGAAAUUUAUGAAGUGCUGAGUUCAUAAAAAGCCGCUGGGGUGGGGGGGUGAGAGGGGGUCUUCAAAAAUGGUUUUUCCUCUUUUACGGCAAAAGACCAAAGUUUUGCCUCUCUAGCUUGUUAUUGAGUCAGUCAUGUCCCGAAUGUCUUGAAACGUAUUACUAUGUAGCGUUGCAUCACCCCGUCACUUAUAGAUGCUACACUGUAGCAGGAUCAGCAUCUAUUUAUGAGAAUGUGACAAAAAUAACGUCUUUCAGAAAAUCAUUUUUCUUAGCACGGUUUGUUUGUUUGAAAUAAUCAUACAUAUUAAUUCAAGGGUUUUGUUGCAGGUAGCGUUUUAUUUCUCUUUUUGUCAAAUAAAACAUUCAUAAUGUGUUGGCUCAUUCACUUUUUAGUGUGAUGAAAUAUUGACUUGCAAAAGAUGCAGAAAAAGAAAUUCAUGGACCCAACUGAAAUAAAGGCAAAGCUUUCUUUGUAUUAUUA